CCCACCCCCGUCCUCCCCAAGGGUUUAAAUGCGGGUGUCCCCCACCCCUCACGCUCGCACCUCUCGGCGACACGGCAGCAUGAAGGCGGUGGCCGCCCUGCUCCUGGUGGGGAUGCUCGUCCUCUGGGCAGAGCUGCCAACAGGCAGCGCCUGGUCCUGCCCGCCCGUGCGCUUCACCUGCGCCCUGCACAACCCGCCGAACCAGUGCUUCAUCGACCGGCACUGCCCCCGCGGCAAGAAGUGCUGCCGCACCUUCUGCGGGAGGAAAUGCCUCUCCAAGCCUCCCGCCAUCCCCGUCUCCUACGUGUGAGGUCCAGCUUCCAGGACAGACUGAGGGUCAUCUCAGCAUUGCCAUGCCAGCUCAGCUCCAGGAGGAUCACUCUGUGACAGCUGCUGCACUCUGCUCUGUGCCACCCCCUUCCCUUCUCCUUCUGCUCCCCCACUGCUGUUUUAACAAAUAAAAGAGACUUUUCUCA